CGUCAGGUGAAGAAGUGAGCUCUACAUUCAGUGCGCUGGUGCCUCACAGCGUACAGAGCAGCAUCCAGUGGACCAGCCUGCCUGUACAAUUCAGUUGUUUCCUUCAACACCAAGGCGUAUAUGUAUUUCUGGUGGAGGCAUAUUUAAUUUGUAUUUUACACGACCGCCGUUUGAGGAAGCCCCAGAGGAACCCGCGGACGUGUGAGGGGGAGUUUGAACAAACAAUCCCUUCGGUCUGCCUCCACUCUGCUUGCCAGCUUUUUGCCAGGAGAGUUAUUUUCUGCCAACCGAGGAAACAUGAGCUUUCUAUUUGGAAACCGCUCAUCCAAGACGUUCAAGCCCAAGAAGAAUAUCCCAGAGGGUUCUCACCAGUACGAGCUGUUGAAACAUGCAGAGGCUACGCUGGGAAGUGGAAACCUGCGUAUGGCGGUCAUGUUGCCCGAGGGUGAAGACCUAAAUGAGUGGGUCGCAGUCAACACUGUGGAUUUCUUCAACCAGAUCAACAUGCUGUACGGCACCAUCACAGAUUUUUGCACAGAGGAAAGCUGUCCAGUCAUGUCCGCUGGUCCUAAGUAUGAGUACCAUUGGGCUGAUGGGACCAACAUCAAGAAGCCCAUCAAAUGCUCUGCUCCCAAGUAUAUCGAUUACCUCAUGACCUGGGUGCAAGACCAGCUGGACGAUGAGACACUUUUCCCUUCAAAGAUCGGUGUCCCCUUCAAGCGAAACUUUAUGUCGGUGGCGAAGACCAUCCUGAAGCGGCUGUUCAGAGUCUACGCUCACAUCUACCACCAGCACUUUGACUCUGUCAUGCAGCUGCAAGAGGAGGCCCACCUCAACACGUCAUUCAAACACUUCAUCUUUUUUGUUCAGGAGUUCAACCUCAUUGACAGGAAAGAGCUGGUCCCACUACAGGAGCUGAUUGAAAAACUGACAACCAAGGAUAGAUAAACAGCAUUGUAAUCCUUUAUUUUAUUGGUCUUCUAGUUUUUGCACAGAUACCCACCCCCACCCUGGCUGUAUGUAUGCAGUAUAUAUACUAUAUAUUUCCAUUUGGGGAAAUGUUUUUAAUAAGGCCAGGAAGAAAGGAAGGGUCUUGAUAGGUUUAUGGCACCAGGACUAAUGCAAUCAGGGAUUACACACUUAAUUGAACAAACCACAGAUUAACAUAUUGGAGAAGUUGCUCUAAGCUGUAUGUAAAGAUCCCCAGUAUUCAGUCAGGGCUGACAUUUAGGAUAAUAUUAUAGAAAUAUGUUCAUUAGUUUUCUAUUACGCUACACAGAUUUCUUUGUUUCACUUGGAUUUAUGGCUACAGGAGGCAUUUCCACGCUCUUGGACGCACAGGGAAGAAAAGCGUGUGAGUGGAGUUGCUGUAUCAUUAUAGGAGGGUGUUGUCGGUGUCGGUGCGAGAAUUUAAGCCAGCCUUUUAAGUCUGUUUAACGACAGAAGCUCGUUAUUUAAGUCACUACGCUACAUAGAAGGAUCUGGGUUGCAGACUACUACUGUCUACAUCUGUAACAGCCCACAUCUGUCAAUACAAAAGAACCCUAAGUGCCUAGCAUGGCUCAUAAUUGCCCUAUGUCAACAGUGAGUACUGUAAGACAAUAAAGGCCAUAUAUCACUAACUCGAUUGACUUAACAUUAAAUUUUCCACCUCACCUUCCUUUAAGUUUCCACGCUUCUUAAUUCUCUCUUACACCACUUUUGAAUUACUACUGUAACUUGGUUUAGAUGGUAUUUUCUGUGUAAAACCAUACUACUCACCAACCUUCUCCUUAUUUAGUUAUCAAGUCUCUUUACCAAGUGUUCUGUGCAGGUUAUGAUAAAAUGAAUGUGUUGAAGGAUAUAGAAGUGAGGCUAGAAUAUUGUCAUGUUGUAGCAGGGACUCAAAUUAACUAAACUUUUAGCUUUUCCUAGUGACAUGUUUCUGAGUACUAGUUAUUUUCCCCCUAAAAACUUGAAGUAGAAACAGAAUUUUAGGAAAAGUCUUCAAGGGAUCUAAAACCUUUAAAGGGACAGUUCACCCCCAAAUCAAAACUACAUAUUUUUCCUCUAACCUUUGAUGCUGAUUAUCCAUCUAGAUUGUUUUGAUUUGAGUUGUUAAGUUUUGGAGACGUUGACCAUAAAGGUAUCUGCCUUCUCCUGAAUAUUAUGGAACCAGGUGGCGCUCGACUUGUGGUGUUCAAAGCGCCAAAAAAUCCCGACUCUGUCAUUUAAGUAAUCCAAAGAUCUUGUGGUGAGCACUUCAAUGUGAGAACUAUUUUUCCUUCCGCUAAACUACACCCGCCUAAUGUAUCACCACUCGCAUCUAGUCAUGGUCAGGAGGACGCCUCCGGAACAACAACUCGGGAUGACGGAGAACAUUUCGGAACAUGUGUUGACGUCACGCGAGGCUGAAACAUUGCCGAAAAAAUAAACAGUGGGCUAACAAACUUUUACCAAAGUCAUGUAUUGUGAGGACACUGUACCUUUUCCUUUAGUCUUCCUUGUCACUCAAACUCUGCAAACAGCUGUCAGUGUCUUGCACUGAGUGAUAAAAUGCAAAUGAGCAGCCAUCUGUUUCUAUCAUAUUCGAGAGAAGGGAGACAUCUCUACAGCUCCGCUGCAACUCACACCAAAGCAAUCUAGAUGGAUAAAUAGCACAACAAGUAAGAGACAAAAAACAUAUAUUUUUGAUUUAGGGGUGAACUGCCCCUUUAAAUUGUAUAUAAAUGUUAGAAGUAGAGACCUGUGUUUAAAGUCACAACCUCCCAAAAAAAAAUACAAGCAUUUUGAAUCGGGUUCUGCUGCGUCCCUUGUUAUCUCACGAGCCAUAAAGCACUUUGAGCAAUUUUCCUGACCUCUCUCUCGCCUGAAUGUUUAUACUGCAUAGACUGUGCUUUGUGAGAAGCUGUGUCAUGUGACUGACCAUAUAGUUUUUCCUCCCUCUGUUAUAUUUCCCCAAAUGAAUGUUGAAUCGCUUAACCUCCGCUGGAAAUUGGCUACGAUAAGGCACAAGUGAGAUUUCUUAUGCUUUUGUACGGUUGUUUGUUGCUGUGCUCCAAACAGCAGAUGCAUGUGCCCCCCCCUCCCCGAUCUCAAAGUGUAGUUUACUAUGCAAUAAUUGACACGAAACACUAAAAAGGGUUACCAGUCGGCUCAUUCGCUCUUUUAUCUGAUGUUGAGUUUCCUCUAUAGUGCUUAAAUUCUGGUGUUUGAUAGACAAUAGAGUUGCUUCUCUUUCAGGUUUGGUUUCGAAAAAUAAAAACAUUUUAUAUAUCUUCUUAUCUGGAACUUGUCAGAGAGGUGUAAUACUUCAAUGCACUCAUGUAAAUACUGAGGGUUAGACCUGUCUUAAAGAUACUUUUCAGCGAGCAUGGAGUGGUAGCGUGUUUUUUUCGGUUUAAAGAAUGCAACAAGUCUUUUUAGAGGCUGCUUCCCCUCCUUCCCUCAUUUGAAUAUUAAAAUUUUGUUUGCUUUUAAUCGUUGAGUAUCUCCCCUUCCACUUCCUUAGCUAGCUAUUAUGAAUGUUACUGCUCACCAGAUAUCUGAAAAUGUAAUAGAAAAACCAGUCAUCCUGAAAGCAUCUCAUCCUUAUGAAAUGCCCAUAACAGCCUAUUGCCUACAGUUUUUUUUUUUCCUCCUUGACUGUAAUAAUUGAUGAAAUGUUUGUAAAUAAUGGCUUGGUAGGGGUUUUCAAUGCUACUGAAUUGAUUUAUGCUGUUUACAAGGCAAAUAAAGGUGGUCUUGACUCUUUAAA